AUGCCAGUCCUGCGACUCCAGCAAAAUCCAAUUGCACGUUCGAAUCGCUAUAAAUCAAGUCGUGUUCCUUUGUGUUUACCCGUGACAUCGGGAGACGAUCCUUCAGCAACGUGGAUAAAACCGAACGAUGAGUUGAGGAAAUUUAUGGAAGUGAAAACAUUUACAAUUGCACAAACAGGAUGUGAUUCUUCAGGACAGCUUGUGCAGCUUACAAAUAUAAAUGUGCAUCUUGCUCUCAGUAACAGUGAUGUACAAACAGCUGUGAUUAAUCAGGCUCUUACAACAUGGAAUGAUGGUUAUUACGUUAUUAAAUUUCAACAGCCGCAGUUGCGAUAUACAAGCAGUUUUUAUCUAGAUAUUGAUCUCAUCGUAUCUAUGAAAUCAGAUCGUGGUUAUUUAUCAGGUGAAUAUUUUUGUGAAAAGUACUACUGA